UGAUAAGAAACGAUGCCGAAAGAUAUUAUUUGAAAAUAUUCAUGUCAUCGUUUACUAUUGUUUAAUUAUUUUAUAUGUUGCACUUUUUUAGUAGUCUUAUUUAUAAUUUAAAUUAUUUUUGAUAAUCAUGUCGAGUGGUUACGACAGAGCUAUUACAGUAUUUUCACCUGAUGGUCAUUUACUGCAAGUAGAAUAUGCCCAAGAAGCAGUUCGCAAAGGAUGCACGGCAAUCGGUGUCUUAGGAAAGGAUUGUGUCGUACUUGGUGUAGAAAAAAAAUCAAUUGCUAUGCUUCAAGAAGAACGCACAGUUCGUAAGAUAUGCCCUUUAGAUUCACAUAUUGUUAUGGCUUUUGCUGGCUUAACUGCUGAUGCCCGUGUAAUUAUUAACCGAGCACAAAUGGAAUGUCAAUCUCAAUACCUUACAUUGGGCGAAACAGUCACUACGGAAUAUAUUACUCGAUUUGUUGCAUCAAUUAAACAAAAGUACACUCAGAGUAAUGGUCGUCGUCCAUUUGGUAUUUCAUGUUUAAUUGCUGGAUUUGACAAUGAUGGCACACCACAUUUAUUCCAGACAGAACCGUCUGGUAUUUAUUAUGAAUGGAAAGCUAAUGCAACUGGACGCAAUUCAAAAUUAGUUAAAGAGUUUUUACAGGAUAAUUAUAAUGAUGAAGCUGUCAGCACUGAACAAGGAACAAUUAAAUUAGCAGUUCGGGCAUUAUUGGAAGUAGUUCAAUCUGGCCAAAAGAAUAUUGAACUAGUUGUACUUAAAAAUAAUGAGAAAAUGAGAAUGCUAGAUCCCGCAUCACUUGAAGAAAUGGUCAAUGUUAUUGAAGUAGAAAAAGAAGCUUUAGAAAAAGAAAAAAAUAAACAAAAAGAUAAACAAUAAAUGUAAUUUGUUGUAAUAUUUGGUUUUUUUUUUUAUAUGAAUAUAUAAUUUUUUCUUUUUGGAUUAAACAAUAUAAUUUAAUAAUAAAAUUAUAUUCUAAGUAAUAUAAUUAUAAUCUUAAAAAUCCAUAUUUUGUUUUUUUUUUUUUAUCACUUGCUUGCAAAUAUUGUAGUACUAUACUAAAAAAUGUUGAGUCAUAUAUUCCAAUUUAUUUUCAAUAAAAUUGAUAUAUAUAUAUAAAUAUA